ACAGCGUCGGUUUUCUGAAUCGUUUCAUUUUAAACCGAUUCAUUUAAAAGAUCCGAUUCAAAAGAACGAACCGUUUGCGAAUCGAACACAGCCAGCGUUUGGAAAGAGGCGGGACAGAGGGAGAAGGGAGUGUGAUUGCUAUGGAGACUGGUAAACUGUACAGAGCAGGAUGAGCAAAACAAUCUAUAUCGGACAAUUAAACAUUUAAUGGUUUCGUUAUGAUAGCUAACAUUUCCGGUUGACAUUACUACAAAUUUUAGGAGCUGGAACUCAAACGUCUGAACUUCACGGAAAGAUGCCCCAUACUGGCAGAACAAAAAUGCAGACCAAACUGAGUACCUGGACACCUCUAAAUCAUCAGCUCUCCAAUGCUCAUGUUUUUGAAGAGAGAAGAAAUUUGCUUAGAAAGUGGUUUGAGAAGUGGACAGAUAGUCAGCGGAAGCAGGUGCUGCAAGAUUUUUUCUCUAGAUGCUCUGCUAGCCAGCUGAAACAUCUCAGACAAACUCUGAGCAGCUGGGUACCAGAGGAAGCACUCGACUUCACUAGGGUCCUUCCCAGGGUCAUAUCACUUUAUAUAUUUUCAUUCCUUGACCCCCGAAGCCUCUGUAGAUGUGCUCAGGUAAGCUGGCACUGGAAAAACCUGGGUGAGCUUGACCAGCUGUGGAUGCCUAAAUGUCUGAAACUAGGCUGGUGCAUAACCUUUACUCCAACACCAUUUGAACAAGGUGUAUGGAAGAGGCAUUACAUAGAGACAGUGCAGGAGCUUCACGUUAGCAGGCCCAGGGCGCCUGUGAAAGAAGAGUUUAUUAUCCCUGAGGUGAACGUAAUUGGCAGUGGGAUAGAGGGUUCACUUCCUGUCCUCUCAAGUCUUCAUGGGAAGAGUAAAGAUGGGAAUAGCUUGGUGAAAUCAGCCAAAGGUCUUCCACCUUGGAGAGACUCAGACAGGCAUCCCACUGACAUAAUACGCUUUAACUACUUGGAUAACCUUGACCACAUUGAGCAUGCAAGAAAAGUACUCAUAAAGGGGAAAAGUGCUACAAUAAGACAGGAAGACACUAUGAAAGCACCAUCUCGCUCAACAUACAAGCUGCGCAAGGCCAAAUCUUUGAUGUUUUUAUCCUUGGAUCUCAGUGCAGCAGCAAAGCAAAACCAAAACAGGCCGCAAUGGGCAGCACAGAACUUAGAAGCACUUCCGUCUAACAAGGACUCCAUAAAGAGACUUUCCCAGACCUCCCAAUGGAAUGCAGGGAUACGUCCUGGUCCUGUAAGGCCUCCAGUGCCCAGACUGAGUAAGGAGGGGCUCCGUGCAUCACAGAGAUCCCAUAGAAGCACACCAACUGUGUCUCUUUUCGAAGGACAGCCGGUGAAGGAGAACGUAUGAAGAAUCAAAUGUCUGAAGCUUGACACACAAGGCCAUCUUCUGGAUGAUGUUGUGAUAGCAACAUGAACGACUUGAAGUGAUUCAUACAAAGUUAAUUUAUUAUAAUGUCUUUAAUUAAUAAUAAUGUAAUAACGUAAUAACAUUAUGUUGACAGGAAAAGCACAUUAUUGUACAUUCAUACUGUUUUAUAUGAUUAUUUUUUCCCCGAGUCCCUUACAUGUCUUAUUGUCCACUAGAUGUCCCUGUCUGCUCAGAAUGUCUGAGUGAGCAAAUGAUUUAAAUGUAUUUUUUAUCGUUUAUCAUCUUGCUUUCUCUGUAUUCUCAAAUAUAACCUGUUUAUGCGUUUUAUGGAAAAUAAUAUGAAUAUGUUAAACAAUUAUAUGACAUUU